CCGGCCGGCCCUUCGCAGGGUGGGGAAAGUGGCAGCGCCCUCGCCCACGGGGCUCGGAGGAAUGGGCCGGGUGCAAGGGGCCGGGAGCUCUGGGCAGGCGGCGCACGAGCGGCUGCGGCGCGCGGCGGCCCUUGCGCACAGGUGCGCUCGGUGAGCCAGGUGCGCCGAGCGUACUCAAGCCCCGGGGUCUCGCUUCCCGCCCUGCCCGAGGCCCUUCCGGACGCGGGGAGCGCGCGGGGCUCCGGGCAGUCAGUUACAGCGCAACGGAGCGCGAGCAGCCGCCGGCGGCACCGGCUGUCCCGGCACUUGGGCCGGGCUGCAGAGGGACCCGUGGUUCAUUCGUCUGCUCUCUGAGGACCGGAGGACUUGGGCUGGCAGCAUGCGGUGGGUGCUUCGAAGCUGGAGGCUGGUGCGCCCGGGCCUGGUGCCGGGGACCCUAGGGCGGCCCCAGGGCAGCCGUGCUAUGGGCAGCGCGGGCGCCGGCACCGAGUUCAGCUACGUGGUGGUGGGCGCAGGCUCGGCGGGCUGCGUGCUGGCGGCGCGGCUCACCGAGGACCCCGCCGAGCGUGUGCUGCUGCUGGAGGCCGGACCCAGGGACGUGUGGGCGGGCAGCAAGCGGCUGUCAUGGAAGAUCCACAUGCCCGCGGCGCUCGUGGCCAACCUGUGCGACGACAGGUAUAACUGGUGCUACCACACGGAGCCGCAGCCGGGCCUGGACGGCCGCGUGCUGUACUGGCCGCGCGGCCGCGUGUGGGGCGGCUCCUCGUCCCUCAACGCCAUGGUCUACGUGCGCGGGCACGCCGACGACUACGACCGCUGGCAGCGCCAGGGCGCGCAGGGCUGGGACUACGCGCACUGCCUGCCCUACUUCCGCAAGGCGCAGGCGCACGAGCUGGGCGCAGGCACGUACCGGGGCGGCGAUGGCCCUCUGCGGGUGUCGCGAGGCAAGACCAACCACCCGCUGCACCAGGCCUUCCUGGAGGCGGCGCAGCAGGCCGGCUACCCCUUCACGGAGGAUAUGAACGGCUUCCAGCAGGAAGGCUUCGGCUGGAUGGACAUGACCAUCCACGAAGGCAAGCGCUGGAGCACGGCCUGUGCCUACCUGCACCCAGCGCUGAGCCGCCCCAACCUGCAGGCCGAGGCGCGAACGCUCGUGAGGAGGGUGCUGUUUGAAGGGACCCGAGCAGUGGGCGUGGAAUACGUCAAGAACGGCCAGAGCCACGUGGCCCGUGCCAGCAAGGAGGUAAUUCUGAGUGGAGGCGCCAUCAACUCCCCGCAGCUGCUCAUGCUCUCAGGUGUCGGGCCCGCCGAUGACCUCCAGAAGCUGGGCAUCCCCGUGGUGUGCCACCUGCCUGGGGUCGGCCAGAACCUGCAGGACCACCUGGAGGUCUACGUGCAGCAGGCGUGCACCCGCCCCAUCACCCUGCACUCCGCCCAGAAGCCCCUGCGCAAGAUCUGCAUCGGUCUGCAGUGGCUCUGGAAAUUCACAGGGGACGGAGCCACUGCCCAUCUGGAAACUGGUGGGUUCAUCCGCAGCCAGCCUGGGGUCCCCCACCCCGACAUCCAGUUCCACUUCCUGCCAUCCCAAGUGAUUGACCACGGCCGGGUCCCUACACAGCAGGAGGCCUACCAGGUACACGUGGGGACCAUGCGGGGCACGAGCGUGGGCUGGCUCAGACUGAAGAGCACCAACCCCCAGGACCACCCCGUGAUCCAGCCCAACUACCUGUCCACAGAGGCCGAUAUCAAGGACUUUCGCCUGUGCGUGAAGCUGACCAGAGAGAUUUUUGCCCAGGACGCCCUAGCUCCCUUCCGGGGGAAGGAGCUGCAGCCGGGAAGCCACGUUCAGUCGGAUGGAGAGAUCGACGCCUUCGUGCGGGCCAAGGCUGACAGCGCCUACCACCCAUCGUGCACCUGUAAGAUGGGCCAGCCCUCCGACCCCACCGCCGUGGUCGACCCACAGACCAGGGUCCUCGGCGUGGACAACCUCAGAGUCGUCGACGCCUCCAUCAUGCCCAGCGUGGUCAGCGGCAACCUGAACGCCCCGACGAUCAUGAUUGCCGAGAAGGCAGCCGACAUCAUCAAGGGGCGGCCUGCCCUCUGGGACAAGGAUGUCCCCGUGUAUAGACCCAAGACCCUGGCCACCCAGCGUUAAGCCCCUGCCUGGGGUGACCAGAGCCGCCCAGAGUAGCCGGCACGGUCCUGGCUCCAAGUGCUCUUUUCUGACACUGGGACCCGGAGGCCUCAGCUCCGUGGCUGCAGACUGGAUGAUGUUUAGGAAUGAGAUCAGGACUGGUGGGUGAGUUGAGCUCCCUUGCCCCAGCCCCUGCCUGGGAGAAGGGCGGGACUGUCCCCUGAAGGGCCAGCACAGGAGGAGGGUUAGCUCCGCCCCAUUCUUGUCCCGUGGCCACGCGGCUUUCACCUAUCCAGGGCCCUCCAGCCUUGAGCCCAGUGGUUCGUUCGAAGCCUUCCUGUUGAGGGCAGGUGCUAUGUGCCUUGGCGCUGCACCUGCACCCUCCGUCUCUGGCUGCAACCUUUGGCUGAGGCCAAGUCUCACAGCCAUCUGCUGGGCCUGGGCUGGCACCCGGGUCCCCUGCAGGGAGAAAAGCAGGCUUUUCCUUCGCCACUUGAGCUGUCACUCUGAGCAAGGCGGAUCACUGAGGGGCCUGCUUCUCUGGUGCUCCCCCUCCAAAUAAGCAGGAUGCGUCCUGCUGAGGGAUCCAGGCGCCGUCUCCUGGGACAGGAGUGUGGCAGGGAUGCCACAGUGGCUGCACUGGCGGUGGGCUCGAGAGUUAGCACUUCACUGGCUUUUCCUGUGAUCAGGAGACACACGCAGCAGGGCCCGCCUCGCGUACCUGGUCCCUGGCUCCUGCCGGAGCGGCCAGCCCAAGAGGGGCUGCUCCUCCCUCAGCCCUGGGGAGCAGCCGGCAGCAGACAGGGUUAGCGCUCGUCCUAUAGACGUCUUCGCUGGGAAGAGACCAGGCUGGAGCGGAGCCGAUGGGGAAGGCCGUAGGGUCGGCCGUGGGGUCCCGUCCCGCACCGUGAUCCUAUCAAAACACAGCUGCAGGGUUGGUGAAGACUGGAGGUGGGGCGGCCGCAAGGGCAUCUUGUCCUCUGAUACAGGAAUGCAUGACUGAGUUCUGAACGGGAUGUCUUUUCCACACCGCUCUGCCGAGGGAAUAACAACUGAGUUCUGCUUGCUUCCCUCUGAAUCGCUGCCUGGGAGGCUGCGGUGCUGGGCCCCGAAUGAGGAGGCGCUUACAGGCCCUGGCAGCCCACAGCUGCAGCGUAGGUUUCUGAGAAAAACCGACCCGGCAAGGUAGUACGAAGGCAGCCAUCAAACCUCUCCUUCCUUGUAACAUCGGACGCGGUUCACGUUGAAUCUCCCGUGUCCUGCUUAUGGUCUGCUCCUGACUCUGCCCCGAGGCCGCUGUCUCCCAGGCAGGGCUUCCCAGCUGCCCCACAGCCGGCCUUUCCCCGGCCCUGGAGCAGCAGAGGGCUCAGGUGCCAGCUCCACCACUCCCUCUUGUCAGAGAGGGGAUGUGGAUUCAGGUGAGGGGGAGGUGCCAGGUGCGUGCAUGCUUGGGGAGGUGAUGCCCUAUGUGCACGUGGUGGCUGACAGCCCUGCAGUUGCACCACCCGUGUCCCCCGCACUCUCAGCCUCGGAGCCAGUGGCAGCUUUUGGCAGCAGCUGUGUUGCAAGCAAAGGGCGUGGGGCCGCAUGUGCUGCAGCCCCUCCCAUUCUGGGGUCCCCCAUCCAGAGAGAUUAUUUAGCUGCACCCCGAAGUGGGUCUCAGAAGAUGAGAGAGCAGGUGCCGCUGUGCCCAGGCACCACAGCACAGAGCAAGCAUGCUGCUCUCACAGGGGUAUGUCUCGUGAGCCCAGGCUAGCGCCGCUGGGCCGAAAGACAGACACGUGGACAUGGGUGUGCCCGCGGCACCCAACAGCAGCAGCCCCUGUGGGGGCAGGGCUGCCUCGCAGGAAGGCAGCUUGGGCAAGAACGCGCUUUGUGGCCAUAAGAGCACAGGAUGAAGUGGGGCCUGGGGCCCAGUGGCCGGCUCUGCCCCGCCCGGUGGGGAGAAGCCCCUCUGGAAGCCGCUGUGUGACCAGACACUGCGCAGCCCAGAGCCCUUCCGGGUCCUUCUCCACAGCCCAGCCCUGCCCUCAGCCCCAGCGUGGGAGUGAGCUGGCAUCACCACUGAGAAGCAGCACGGGGAAGUUCCAGCUCCUUCCCCUGCACCCCGUCCAGCAGCCCAGGCCCACGGCCUGCUGGAGCUAGAGCCGAGGGGAGAGCUUCUCCUGGGACCGCACCCUUUGCAUUGGGAAAGGCCGGUUUUUGUACCCAGAUCCCCGCCCAUCCUACCGCUGAGCAUCUUCCCGCAGAAGUGUGGUCGGCAAGGAUGCUGAAGACUCGCAGCAUCAGCAGUGCCAUGGGUGGGGCGCCGAGGACCGGGGCCCUGGGCUUGGCCGGGGGGGGGGGGGCAUCCUCCAGCGCCCCCUCCCCAGCCUCCUGCCUGGCUGAGCUGGAAGUGCCACGUGGCCUGGGGCCACGAGCGAGUGCAGGCGGUGCUUCCCGGAGCCCCUCGCUGUCCCUGGCUGAUCCACGGGCGCCGCUGGCAUCUUGUGAUCGAUGGUGAAAGGCCUAAGGUUCAAGACACUAAAUGCGCUGUUCCUGUGGGCGAGGGCGGGAACGACAGGCAUUCACUCUUAAAACUUGCCUCAAACAAAGCAUGUCUACAACUUCACAUUUUUUUCACAAAGAAAAAUUUAAUAGUCGGCGAGAGGUCGGAGUGGACCUAAAGCAGACAGACAUGAAGAAGUGGCGCAGCGCCGGAUAAAAACGCGGGCUUAUUAACCACUGGCUUCGGGAGCGCUCCCGGCCGGUCCUGGGGUGCAGACCGGCCCCGAGGCCACGCUGACCACCGGGUAGCCCUUUGGGAGAGGCCGCGCCCUGCAGCCCCGAGGAGCCUGGAGGGUAAGAAAAAGAUGCACCAGCUGGCAGGGCGGAGCCGAGCGGGGCUGCCCCCGGAGAGGACCCGCCCCUCGGGCGAGAACAGCCCCCAGUAUAACGAGAUUCAUCACACAGGUUCGUUCUGAAGAACAUUUUGCAUUUUAAUUAAAAAAAAAAGAUUUAUGUCAGGAAAUAGUCAUUUACAAACCUUGACGUGUUUUUGCCUGGAUCUGGAGGAAGAAUGUCUUUAAGAAGAGGUUUGUAAGGUUUCUGUAACAAAGUGCUGUUAUUUACAAAAAACAAACCAAAAAAACCCACCACCAACAAAAAGUUCCGUUGUCUGCGUCCUAUUUAAAAAUUUGGAACCAAGAACCUGCGGUAGCAGGGGCGUGCCUGCCGCGGUGACCCGGGCAGGAGGCGGCCUUUCGUCUGGACGGAGCAGCGCGGGAGCCCUGGCCCAGUUGCACUUCAAAGCCCUCGGAGAGCACGCUCGGCCCAGCAGCCUUGGGGUCCGCACAGACCCCGUGGCCGCCCCAACCCCGCUUGCCUGCGCGGUUCCUCCCACACUAGAGGUGCACCGCAUCGUAUCGGGGCAGACUGGAGCGCAACGCAGUGGGCCACAGGGGCCUCUGCCCAAAGGACAGGUGGCGAGUCAGCAGCUGGUGAGAGUCUCGUGUCCAGACCGGUUUACAGUGACGCAAAAUAGCUUAGAAAAAUUUCUGUGGCGUCAGGUUCCCUUGAACUCAGAAUUUUAUAUCCAAGGAAUUUUCACCGAACAGAUGGGAGUUGGCUCUUACUUCUUCGACUUCCGUGUAGCCCAAGUAAAAACACCAGUCAUUUCCUAGGUGUCGGUGGGGAACAGCAGUCGUUAGGACCCAUGGGUAUUGCUGCAGAUCAAAUACGGUACAAUAAUUACAAAAUAUAGACCAUCUCUUUACAAAUACAAAGUCGAGU